CAAGUUCUCUCCCUCUCUCUCGUCCACAUACCUAUUAUUGUGCAUACCUCGAUCUCAUCGUCACCAUGGACAAGACAUCCUUCCCUAGCAGCGAAGCAAAACCAAUUAGAUGCAAAGCAGCAAUAUGUAGAAAUGCAGGAGAAGCAUUGGUGAUAGAAGACAUCUACGUGGAUCCACCUCAAGCUUACGAAGUUAGGAUUAAGAUUUUAUGCACUUCUCUAUGUCACACUGAUCUUAGUUUCUGGAAACUGGACUUUGGACCGCUUUCAAGAUUUCCUAGGAUUCUAGGUCACGAAGCAGUCGGUGUGGUCGAAAGCAUUGGAGAAAACGUGGAUGGGUUCAAACAAGGCGACGUCGUUUUGCCAGUGUUUCAACCAUACUGUGAAGAAUGCAAAGACUGCAAGUCUUCAAAAACUAACUGGUGUGAAAGGUAUGCCGACGAUUUCGUAUCAAACACAAGACGAUAUGGGAUGAGUUCAAGAUUCAAAGACUCUUCGGGAGAAGUUAUUCACCAUUUCUUCUUUGUCUCAAGUUUUUCUGAAUACACCGUCGUGGAUAUCGUACAUCUUGUCAAAAUAUCUCCUGAAAUCCCUGUUGAUAAAGCGGCUUUGCUCAGCUGCGGUGUCUCCACAGGAAUUGGAGGAGCUUGGAAGGUGGCUAACGUGGAAGAAGGCUCCACUGUUGCUGUAUUUGGUCUCGGUGCUGUUGGACUUGCAGUUGCAGAAGGAGCCAGACUACGUGGGGCUGCGAAGAUCAUCGGAAUUGAUACUAAUCCUGAUAAAUUCGACUUAGGUAAGAAAUUUGGUCUUACGGAUUUCGUCAAUCCUACCUUAUGCGGAGAAAAGAAGAUUAGUGAGGUGAUUAAAGAGAUGACAGGAGGAGGAGUUGACUAUAGUUUCGAAUGCGUUGGCUUAGCAUCUUUACUUAACGAGGCUUUCAUCAGCACCCGCACGGGAUCAGGAAAAACGAUAAUGUUGGGGUUGGAGAAGCAUGCAGCGCCAAUAAGUUUAGGUAGUUUUGAUCUUCUUAGAGGGAGAAACAUUUGCGGAAGCUUCUUUGGUGGUUUCAAAUCAAAACUUGAUAUUCCUAUUCUCGUGGAUCAUUACCUUAAAAUGGAGCUCAAUCUGGAUGAUUUUAUCACGCACGAACUGAAUUUUCAAGAAAUCAACAAGGCUUUCGAUUUAUUAAAGGAAGGGAAGUCUCUCCGUUGCAUUAUAUGGAUGGAUAAGUAAAAAUUACUUACUUGCAAGUUAUAUAUGUUAGUAUGUUACUGUUUAAAAACUUUUUUGUUUUGUUGAUUUUGUAUAGAUCAUCGUCCUUUUGUCGUCCAAUAAAAGAUGUUUUGUUCUUGUUACC